ACGAUUAUUUUUCCAAGGCUAGGGGAAGGCGAAGUCUGCCGCACGAGUUUCCUCGUUGUCCCAGCGACGCAGUUUCGAUGCCACCUCGCGGCCUCUUUCCCGCGAUUAUGCUUGCUGCCGGCCAUCUCGCCAGUCCCCCACCACGACGACCGUCGUCGCACGACGACGACGUCUUGCCAGUCCGUUUCGUCUUGCACGACGUCGCAGCGAGGCGCGUCCCUCUACCUCCGAGCUCGAGUCGAUACCGUCCUCAGCCUUCACCGCUGGAGCUUCUCUGGAGUAUAAAAGCAGGCAUACGAUAGCCAUGAUUUAUCGCUCACUCUCACAGCAUUCGAGACCACUGCCAUCUCAUUUCCACCUUCAGAGCAAUCUGAGUUUCCGCCCUGAUUUCAUACGCAUUCCCGGAUAGCGAGCUCACCUGCCGUUUUCCGGCUCCGAAUUUCCCCAUUCUCUGCUGCCUCUCUAACAUCAUGGCGGCCGUCAGCCUGUUGAGGCGUCUCUGCGCUGCAUUGGCAUUCGCAAUUAUCGCUGCUUCCUUCACUCUGCCAGCACUUGCUGACGUCACAUCCACUGGAGUCACAUCCGCUGCUGUCACGUCCGCUGCUAGCCGUGUGACAAAGCGUGCCAAUGAGGCUCGCAGGCUGCUGCCGAGCGCCAAGGCACGGCAGCUGGGAGAGACAGCUUCAGUUGCUGCUGGUAACUGGACCGGGGCUGACACCACCAGUCAUAGUGGCUGCACCGACAGCAGUGGUGACACCAGCAGCAGUGGUGACACCAGCAGCAGUGGUGACACCAACGGUGGCGAUGGCGGCAGCAACGGUAGCAGCGGUGCGGACGUGGCAGCGAUUCUGGAGGAGCACAACAAGGCGCGGCAGGAAGUGGGCGUGCCGGACCUCGCAUGGGAUGAGGGACUGGCACUCGCAGCGCAGCAGUGGGCAGCUGAGCUCGCUUCCAAUGGAUGCAACCUGGAGCACGGAGGGGCUGACGGACUCGGGCAGAACCUGUACUGGAAGGCGCCUGUGCAGCUGAACAGUGCCGAGGACCGGGCGGCAGUGCAGUCGUGGGUGGCGGAGAAGGAGGACUGGACGUACAGUGCCGUGCCGGAGGGGUGUGCAGACGGGAAGCAGUGCGGGCACUACACGCAGGUGGUGUGGCGGGAUACCACGCAUGUUGGGUGCGCUGCUGCCCAGUGCGCGGAUGGGGGGGGCAUGUGGGUGUGUGACUACUCGCCGCAGGGGAACAUGAUUGGGUCCACUCCCUACUAGGCAUUUCCUGCGAUGAGGGGAGGAUGGAGGGCUGCUGCUCUGACUAGCCCUGCAAGACGCGCAUGCAAGGGGGUGAUGCGUGGCAAUAAGGAAUAAAGGGGCGUGGAGUGGAAGUGAGACUGUCCCUGGUGUCGCACCUGUUGCUUUGUUACGUUUCUCUGUGUUUGAUGAGUUAAGUAGACGUGUUUUCGGUUGGUAACAUCAUGAGGUAGCGAUAUGUUUCUGUGUACCAAGGAUUCGUAGCUCACUCUAAUGCGCCAUAAAGGCACCAGGAUUAA